AUGUCUUCACCCUUGGAGAAGCUCAGGAAAGUCCCUGCGUUCAAGAUCUUUGUUCGAGCCCAGGGCAAUGCCUUCAUCCAUGCAGAAGCUUGGGAAAGUCCCUGUGUUCGAGAUUUUUACUCCUUUAACAGUGUCAGGGCACUUCUUCCACAGUCAUGCACCCCUCUACACUGGGUCCCCACCGAAGGUCUGCACCUGAGCUCAGGGUCCUCGUCUGUGCCUGAGUCCACACCUCUUUGCAUGCCUGUGUCCAUGCCUGAGCUCAAGUACUCUGUAACAUCACUCAAGACCAUCCCAGAAUUGUGCCGGAGAUGUGAUUCACAGAAUGAAGACAGAUCAGUUUCUAGUUCUACUUGGAACUGCGGAGUCUCAACUCUUAUUACAAAUGCACAAAAGCCAACUGGAAUAGCAGAUGUAUAUAGUAAGUUUCGCCCUGUGAAGAGGGUUUCCCCCUUGAAACACCAUCCAGAGACCCUUGAAAAUAAUGAGAGUGAUGACCAAAAGAAUGAGAAGGUGGAGUACCAUAAAGGAGGAGCUUUUGAUCAGCCACCUCCAACUGAGCAACUGUGCCCUGGAAAUGGAGAAGCCCUUAAAAGUAAAAGCAUUGAGCCCAGUGUUUUAUUGGGAGAGCUGGAGCAUUAUGAUCUUGAUAUGGAUGAGAUUCUGGAUGUGCCUUACAUUAAGUCAAGCCAACAGCUUGCUUCUUUUACCAAGGCAGCUACGGAAAAGAGAAUUUUGGGUAUAUGUUCAACAGUGAAUGGUCUUUCUAGCAAGAACAACACCACAGGAAAUGCUGAGAGCUUGACAACCAGCAUGACACCCUUUUGUGUCUUGUCCCCAGUAAAAUGCUCUCACUUGAGAAAAGCUCAGUCUCUUGUCCUUGAUCAGCACAAGCAUUCUACUGAAGACCCAGAGCUUUCUACAGCUCUGAUUACAUGCAAUUCAGACCAUGAACUUGAACCCCCAAGCAAGGGCUUCCUUAACAAAGCAUUUGCUGGCUCCAGUAUGCUAAAAGUUGAAAACAUCAUGCCCAACAGCAGCCACCUUAGGACUUUACACCUUCAGUCUUCAGCCACAGAAACCAAACUGGAUGAGCAGAAUAGCCAUGUGAACUGGAAUUCAGGAGUCCCAGAAGAAAGGAGUGAGGAUGUGAAGAAAAUUAAAAGCAUUUUGAAUAUUGUUAAAGAAGGACAGAUAUCACUCUUGCCACACCUAGCUGCAGACAACCUGGAUAAAAUCCAUGAUGAAAGUGGGAACAAUCUGUUACAUAUUGCAGCCUCCCAGGGGCAUGCAGAAUGUUUGCAACACCUUACUUCUUUGAUGGGAGAAGAUUGCCUAAAUGAGAGAAAUAAUGACAAGCUUACACCUGCUGGCCUAGCAAUAAAGAAUGGUCAGCUGGAGUGUGUACGAUGGAUGGUGAGCGAAACUGAAGCUAUUGCAGAAUUAAGUUGUUCAAAGGAUUUCCCAAGCCUUAUUCACUAUGCAGGCUGCUAUGGCCAGGAAAAAAUCCUUCUGUGGCUUCUUCAGUUUAUGCAAGAGCAGGGAAUUUCUUUAGAUGAGGUUGACCAAGAUGGUAACAGUGCAGUUCAUGUCACAUCUCAGCAUGGGUACCUAGGAUGCAUACAGACUUUGGUUGAAUAUGGAGCAAAUGUCACCAUGCAGAAUCAUGCAGGAGAGAAACCCUCCCAGAGUGCUGAGCGGCAUGGACAUACUAUGUGUUCCCGCUACCUAGUAGUGGUAGAGACAUGUAUGUCCCUGGCAUCUCAGGUUGUGAAGUUAACCAAACAAUUGAAGGAGCAGACAAUGGAACGUGUCACAUUGCAGAACCAACUCCAGCAGCUUUUAGAAGCACAGAGAUCAGAGGGAAAGGCCCUCCUUUCUUCCCCCAGGCAUAAUGACAUAAAUUGGAAAAUUGAGAAAUCUCAAAGCAAAGAGAGUGUUGAUGAGCCAGAGCUACAAGAACUCUUCCUGUAA